CUCGUCUUGAAAGUAGGUCAAUUUCCUUUUUUCAGCCAAUCAGAAAGGAGGGGCGCAAGAUAGGGAGGAGCAACAUUGAGCAAAGUCCAGGAAGAAUUGUUCAGUCCUCGAGAUAAAUAGAUUAGCUACAUUUUGUUCCCCAACAUCUAACGAAGAGUCUGUGGUCUAAACUUCGAGUGGCGCUGACCUGUCGAGAUGGCUGACAACAGAGAUAAAGCUACCGAUCAAAUGAAGACGUGGAAGGAGAACAGGGGCUUGCAGAGGCCAGACACCCUGACCACAGGGGCUGGCCAUCCGGUUGGAGACAAGCUGAACCUGCAGACUGCAGGACCGAGGGGCCCUCUGCUUGUGCAAGAUGUGGUCUUCACAGAUGAGAUGGCCCACUUUGACCGGGAACGAAUCCCAGAGAGAGUGGUGCAUGCCAAAGGGGCAGGCGCGUUUGGCUACUUUGAGGUGACUCAUGACAUUACUCGCUAUUGCAAGGCUAAGGUGUUUGAGCACGUCGGCAAGACUACACCUAUCGCUGUGCGCUUCUCCACUGUGGCUGGGGAAUCAGGAUCUGCAGACACAGUGCGAGAUCCCAGAGGCUUUGCAGUCAAGUUUUACUCUGAGGAGGGGAACUGGGACCUGACGGGCAACAACACCCCUAUUUUCUUCAUCAGGGACGCCCUGCUGUUCCCGUCCUUCAUCCACUCCCAGAAGCGCAAUCCCCAAACCCACAUGAAAGACCCCGACAUGGUGUGGGACUUCUGGAGCCUGAGGCCUGAGAGUCUGCAUCAGGUGUCUUUCUUGUUCAGCGAUCGAGGUUUGCCCGAUGGCUACCGUCACAUGAACGGCUACGGCUCUCACACCUUCAAACUGGUCAAUGCUGAUGGUGAGCGUUUCUACUGCAAGUUCCAUUACAAGACUGAUCAAGGAAUAAAGAAUCUAUCUGUAGAGGAAGCCGACCGCCUGGCUGUCACCAAUCCAGAUUAUGCCAUCGGAGACCUGUUCAACGCCAUUUCCAAUGGCAACUACCCGUCCUGGACUUUCCAUAUCCAAGUCAUGACAUAUGAGGAUGCUGAGAAGUCUCAAUUCAAUCCCUUCGACGUUACCAAGGUUUGGUCACAUAAAGAAUACCCUUUGAUCCCUGUGGGCAAAAUGGUACUCAACAGGAACCCAGUCAACUACUUUGCCGAGGUGGAGCAGCUGGCCUUUGACCCCAGCAACAUGCCACCAGGCAUCGAGCCAAGCCCUGACAAGAUGCUGCAGGGUCGUCUCUUCUCCUACCCAGACACACACAGACACCGACUGGGAGCCAACUACCUGCAGAUCCCCGUCAACUGCCCCUUCAGGGCCCGUGUGACCAACUACCAGCGUGAUGGUCCGAUGUGCAUGUAUGACAACCAAGGAGGAGCUCCAAACUACUAUCCCAACAGCUUCAGUGCCCCAGAGACACAGCCUCAGUUUGUGGAGUCGAAGUUCCAGGUGUCUCCAGAUGUGGCGCGCUACAACAGUGCAGAUGAAGAUAAUGUCUCACAGGUGCGUACCUUCUACACGCAGGUGCUGAACGAAGAGGAGCGCCAGAGACUUUGCAAGAACAUGGCAGGAGCCCUGAAGGGAGCCCAGCUCUUCAUCCAAAAACGCAUGGUCGAGAACUUGAAGGGUGUCCAUCCAGACUAUGGUAAUAGGGUUCAGACCCUUCUCAACAAGUUCAGUGCAGAGGCCCAGAAGAACACAAGUCUUCAUGUUUACAGCCGUCCAGGAGCCAUCGCCGCGUCCUCUAAGAUGUGAUGCCUUAACCUGACCCCGGAGGCAGCCCGUCAUUUAGAUCUUCCGUGAUUACCCACUGCUAAUGCCAGUGUCAUGAUUGGACUCAACUCUCCAAUUACUAAUUGUCAGUAACAUGACUGAAGUACUAACCUUGUAGUGUCACCGUUGGGGUUAGUUAAUUUCUAAUACAGCCAGUCCAACCUGUUGAUUUUCUUCAACGUUCUCAAAGCUUGUUGUUUUCUAAGAUAUAAGAGGUUCUGGAUCUCAAAUUCCGUGAGGUUAAUUUGUGAUUGUGAUUGAACACCCAAUUAGAAAAAAAUCCCCAGAUUGUUUUUUACAAUUUAAAACCAAUUUUGUCCUUUUGACUGUUUAUACCUGGUUAUGAAAAUAUGCUAAUUUUGAGUGCUUAAGAUUAAC